AUGGCUGGUGAAAACGGUGACGCGCGCCGCAAGGGAGGCGAGUACUCGACCAACCCCAACACUCAGCGCACUCGAACCUACCUCGCCAACCAGACUCCUGAGCAGAGAGCCCUCAAGUCCAAGGUCUUCUCCGAGUACCGUGCCUUCCGCACCACCUGCAUCAAGCGCGCCAGCAUGUCCGACUACAUCUACGAGCGCGACCGUGAUGCCAAGGUCAAGAUGCUGUCUGACGCCCUCAACAAGCUUGUUGCGAACCGCACUGCACGCAACAUUGAGUACAUGGGCCAGUCUGUCAAGCGCUUUGCCGAGCGCUACCAUGACAAGGCGUUCCUUCGGAGCGUCGAGGAGGCCAAUGCCUCGACUGCCCCUGCUCAGAAGAGCACCACUGGCUUGGCCAACCUUGGCCAGGAGGACUCUGAGGAGGACACCGCCAACAAUGUUGGCACUGCUGCCGCUGACAUCUCGGAGGAGUUGGCCACCAUCAGCCAGCUUCUCGACAUGCAGGCCAGAGCCAGCAUGGAGACCUACAACGGCCUGACUGACAUCAUGCACGGCCUCGGCUUCUAA